UAACAAACUGUAGCUCCAUACAAUCUUUCCAAAAAAUUCUAUUAAUUCUAACACAACAUGAAUUCUUCAAAACAAUAUUUUGUUAUCAAUAAAUAGCUCUGUAUAGUAAAAUUGAUUUUUGCUGACAGAAGAACAAUUCUAUCUUUCUAAAGUCAACACUUAUCAAAACCAAUAUUUCUUGAAUUAGUUGACAUUUUGUUAACUAAAACAUAUUGAAACUUUCGAUCUGCAUUUAUCAGUACGUUUUACAAUAUUUUCGAUAUUCAGGCUCUUAUUUUUUUGUAUAUCUCUUCAAUUUACUUUAAAUUGGUUCAUUUCCUAUUAAUCCUUAUUUCGUUGUGCGCAUCACACUGGGUCAAAAUUUUUCUACAAAGUGCCGUGUAACAAGUCGCAAAUCGGAGGUUACACGACACAAUACUUUUAAAAAAAAGUUGGAUAAACCCAAAAAAAAAUUUUUUUUUUUUCUAACUUUUAAGAAUAAACCUAAAAAAAUUAAUUCAAAAAUGUCCGAUCCUUCAUCGGGCUCUAAUUCCAUAAAGGGUACAGCGGAUGCUUCUUCCCAACCGCAAAAGGAUAAAACAAAUCAACUUGUUGUGCAUCCCCUUCAUGGUGACACCAGUGAAUCAGGAAGAGAUUUAUUGGAUGAUCUUCCAAUAUCGUUUCCUUUUUCCACCAAACGCCCUAGAGAUUUAGGAGCUGGUUUAAGCUCUGGUUUAAAAAGUGCAGCAAAGGGUAUCGGUCUUGGAGUAACUUCUCUUGUAGUUGCACCUACCUAUGGUGCUAUUCAAGAAGGUUUCGCAGGAUUCCUUAAAGGUCUUGGUGCAGGUGUUGCAAUGGCAAUAGCGUUUCCGGUAACUGGAUUGGGUAUUGGAAUAGCACAAGCAGCGCGAGGUGUGAUCAAUACUCCUGAAGCAGUUAUUGAAAGAAGGGCAGGGAAAAAAUGGGACAAGGAGAAAAGAGAAUGGAGAGAUCGUUGGUACUCUAUUGAGACUGAAAAAGAGGAUUUAGAAGCACGUCAACAGAAGCUGGAAGCGGAAAAACAAAAAAAUAUUUUCGCCAACCAAAAUAAAAAAAUCAAAAAAACUGCCGACUCAUCUCAAAGUUCCGCUAAGCGUCAAGUGGCAGAUACAUAUUAUUAUGAAUUAUUAGGUGUUGAACCGAAUGCUUCACCUAUUGAAAUAAGAAAAAUGUAUUACAGAUUAGCACGAGAGUGUCAUCCAGAUAAGCAUCCUGAUGAUCCUGAAGCCAGUGCCAAAUUCCAAGCUUUAGGAGAUGCCUAUCAAGUACUUGGAGAUCCUCAACGACGGGAACGUUACGAUUUAAAUGGAAAAAGCGUCUUAGAUGAUAUGCCAGUUGUUGAGUCUAAAGUUGUUUUUGUAAUGUUAUUUGGCGCAGAAGAAUUCGAACCAUUUGUUGGGCGUUUACGUCUUGUGAGUACUAUUGAGUCAUCGGAUUCACCUGAGUUAACAGGAAAAUUAGCGGAGGAAGUACUUGAGUUAGAGCAGAAACGUAGAGAACUUAAUCUGGCUAUUCUUUUGCGUGAACGUAUAGCCCCCUUUGUUAAUGGCAGUGUACAUGAGCGUGAACAAUGGCGUAAAGUCAUGCAUGAACAAACAAAAGAAUUAUGUAUGAAAGCUUUCGGUGAUGGUAUGGUUGAAGCAAUUGGUUGGACUUAUGAAAAUUAUGCGUAUCAAUUUCUGGGUAACCUGGAUUCGUUCCUCGGCUUAGGAGGACGUUACGCUAAAAUACAAGCCAAAAAUAGAGAAAUGACAAAUUUUUGUAGAAUAGCAACUACUGCUGUAAGAGCUUCGUUGGCAGCGAGACGUUUGACGAAAAUUAAUGGAAAAGCUGAUGAAGCGGCUAGAAAUAAUGAAAAAAAAAGUGAAGAGAAUACAAAAUCCUCAGGAGAAAAACAGCCUGUAACAUCAACAGUUGAAGAACAAAAAGCUCGUGAAGAAGGAGCUAAACAACUGAAAGAAACGUUACCUCUUUUAUUUGGUACUAUGCUAGAACUUUGUCUUGUAGACAUUCAAAAUACUGUUCGACAAGCUACAAAAAAAAUUUUAAAAGAUAUGUCGACAAGGAUUGAAAUUCGAAGGGAGCAAGCUAAAGCAUUGAUUGAAUUAGGGCAAAUUUUUCAGGAUGAAGCUAAUAAAUUCAAGCAAGGAAACAAGGAUAAAAAGGUUGACGUAUUUAAACACAUGGAGGACGCAUAUAUAAGGGCAGCUGUUGAAGCUGACAAAGGUAACAAAACGCCAAACACAAACUUUUAAAAACCAACGCGUAGCUUUGAUAUGCUGCAUGUUUGAACCAAAACUUUUUUUGGGAGGCGCAUCAAAAAUUCAAUAAAUAAUUCUCUUCUUUUCUGUUUACGUUAACUAAUUUUUCAACUUUAUAGUAAUUCAUGUAAAUGGUGUUUUUCUUUUCACUAACACGAUUUUACAAUAAAAAAUAAAAACAAAGAGGUUUUCAAUACAGUUAAGAGGUGCUUAAAUUAUGUAACAAAAGAAAAGUUUCCCCCAUUGUGACUUGUUCAUUAUUUUUUUUAAAAGAUUCAUCAUUUAAGAGUUUAACUUGUUGGAGUUGUUCAUUUUCUAACAAAUCGUUAUUUAAACGAUCAGUAUACAAAUCAAGAGUUUUAUACGCCUGUGCAGAGGAUGCCGAUUCAAAUUUUUGAGUGUUACUGUUUGAGUUAUUCGGAGACAAAGUUGCUUUUUCUACAGUCUCUACAGCUGACUCUGCGACACUUUCACCGGCAACAGAUGCUAAAGCCAUCCAAUAUGGAUUGGAUUGAAAGAUUUCACUAUCAGGAAACGUCGGUGAGAAAAGUGGAUGUUGGCACAUCUGACCACUUAGUAAAAACGUUUUUUUAUUUCGACUCUUUAUUUUGUAAUUGAGAGUCAUGCAAACUUAGUCUGACCCAAGAAUCUCUUUUACAUGAUUUAAAAUACAGAUGUUCAUUUUUUAAGAAAACCUUUAUUUGCAAUUAACAUUUUCAUAUGUUUAGCUUUUGCUACAACUUUAUCUGCGUUUUUUUUCGUGAUACUGGCGGUACUUUUAAAUCAAAUCAAGCCAAUUGUGUCGUUGUAACUUUAAACGCUAAAAUAAAUAUUGCUAAUAUUCUUGGAGGGUUUUCCUCUUGAACUAGCGUUAAAUUUGUCUUCUCAUGUCAGCUUUGUAGUGCUAGUAACAUUCUUUUUCUUGAAGAUAAAGGUGUUUUUACUUUAAUUCCAAAGUGUUACGAGAAAACAACAAGGGAAACAUCCACUGUACCCACAGGUUAUAGUGAACUUGAUUAAAAUUUUCUUAUUUAUUUAAAUUAUGUAAAAAAUCAUUCUGAUUUCAAACUUUGAAAAAUUUUUGAAGUCGUUAUAGGAAAUACACAAGAGGAGUCCAUUAACAAUACAAAACCUUAUAAUCUUACUUUCCAUGUGAGUCUUCUAUUUUUUAAUCCUUUUUUAGUAGACGAGACGACUAAAUUUAAAUAAAUAAUUUCUUUUCAUGCUGUAAGGUAUAUUAUGGACUUCGGUUUUUUUAAGAAAAUAUUUAAUAGUGUAGAAACAGCUAGUAACUUUUGGGAAUAUACGUUAAAGGUUUUUUACAAAGUAUCUGCUAUCAAAAGCAUAAAACUAAGCAAUCAUAAACUGUUUGUAGUAAAGCUGAAACUUUGGCUUUUUAAUCACUUUUUUCGCGGAAAACCAAACAUUCUCACUCAUUGUUAAAGAAUAGAAACCUUUACUUCGAUUAUGUAGCAUAAGACGACUAAUAACCUUUAUGGCAACUCCAAACUAUAACUUUGGAAUGACAACCUCAGCUUUCAACGAAUUCAACGAAAGUAUUUACCUAUGUGUUAGAUGAAGUUGACUCGAAUGCGUAAGACCUUUUAUAAGAAUAUUCGUUUAUCCUUGUACGUCAGUUGCUUUAUAGGUGCAUUUUUAAGGUAUUUACAUUUUUAAAAUUACAUAGAUAAUUUUUACUACAUUUCUAUAAGAAACCGUGACGAAUCUUUGGUAUCUUCAUUAAAAAAUAAACUGUUUAGUAAAAUAAGAUUUGAUUUUAUUAUAAAUUUCCUAUUAAUUUGUAUACAAAAGUGUAUUGUGACUAAUGUUAAAAUUUAUUUAACUUUAUUAUAAAAAUUUUCUAAUGUGUUGGUUUAUUUUUAUGCAUCAUAAAAAAUUUUAUGAAUUUUUUACGAAAACGCUGCA